AUGACGUCAAUUCCGCACACCUAUGGCUCUAAUUGCCGCUUGGCGCCAAUACCACAACAUCCGAGUGAGAAUGGGAUGCCGCAAAUUGUCUCCCAGUUUUUCUAUUCGUCACUGAUACCGAUAGACGAGCUGUUAUCAAACCAGCGCUAUAUUAGCACUUCGGACAACAAGUCGGUGAGACGACAGCUUCGGCCAUUUGAUCGUGGUGACAACAAUGCACUGGAGAAGGCAUGGAUGAGUCUUGCAUCGGAUCACUACCGUACUGAACAUGAAGCGAUUAGAGCAGGCCGAUACGGAAGCAUAAACUCCAGUCCGGGGCUUCUGCGACUACGACAAAAACUCGUGGAAGCCCUCGCUUUGAAACACCUUGAACUGCACGCUGGCACCUUGUAUGGCCCGCCUUCGAAUAAUAAAGCCGCGAGCACAAGUGCGGAAAUGGGUGAAUUACCAGCGUGUUGCCCAGUCUUGCGUGCCGACGCCUCGGAAAUGCUGCAACAGCGUUUUUGCGCUUUAGCCCGCAAAGCCUAUCCAGAACUCACGAUCGAAGCUACGGAGCGGGAAAUAAUGGACACCAUGACGGCUAUAAACAAGACAAAAGUCGACUCCCUUGACUCUGAGCAGAAUUCAGUUCUCGGCGAUUUGUCCACAAGGAGAAGGGAACCCACGUCUCUCGAAGUACAAGCUGCGCCGGCCACAAGUGCUGGAAGGCUCGUAGCACGGGAGGGGCUACCUGAAUCAUCACCAAGGAUCACACCGAGCUCAUCGGGCCAAACCGCUAUGGACGUGCCUGGACCAAGCUUACCUGGAACAAGCGUGGGAAUGGCUGGCGACUCUUUUAUUCAGGCUGGAAGCAAGUCGACUUUUACAAAACCAGGGAUUUCAACCUCGGAUGGCCGCCAACAGCUGAGUGGUAAACACCAGAUUGAUGACCGUAUCGCACUUCAUCACCAUGUACCUGACUCAAAGAAAGAGACUGAGAGUGACGCGAGUGUUCUAGAUGUUGUUGUGGGUAUAUCGAGACUUCAUCAGGUGUCACUUCCAGCACUUUUGAUGAAACCUAUAUAUUGGUCACCUGUAAAUGAUGUGGCUGUUGUGAUGCGAGCUACUUGGUUCUAUAGAGAUACGAUGAUGCCCGUGGGCCCCUUGGUAGCAAAUCAACUGGAAGCUGGUUAUCAAGAGCUGAAGCCAUGGACUAAAACGUGGGGAGAUGAAUUAAACUGCGCCGUCGAGGUUGGGCCACUAGGUGAAGAGAAGAUUUCGUAUUGCCUUUGGCCCCAAGACUCAAAGUAUUUCAACAGUGAAAUGCAAAAAGGAGAGCCCAGGAUAUCUGCCGAGGUGUUUUGUUCUGCACACUGUUAUCGAGGGGAUGCUGCUGCGCAAGGAUCUAUUGAUCCUAUUGUUGAAGGGAGUUCUUCAAAAAAAGAAGGGAUAGUUCGAGCGUUUUCGAAUUACCAUGUUAUUUACAAGGAUGAAAGGCGUGCGUUUCUCUUAAAGCCUAGCCUCCGACCCUCUGCUUAUUACGGAAGAAGACCAGUGUCAAAGAUUGUCAAUGGUUUCACUGUCGGUAUCCCUGUUGUUCGAGGCUUUGAUUCGCAAGCCUGGGAUCGUCUUUAUGGACAAUGCAAUGUUCCCAACCGGAACAAAGAAACACGGCGAACAUCGGAAACAACAUCGCGUUCCCAUGAAAACAACAAAGAUAGACCUUGUGACGCAUGUGAAGCCGACAAAGACAAUGGUCAGGUGACGGAUUUGAUUCUUGUGGCACACGGCAUCGGUCAAAAGUUUGCGGAAAGGGUCGAGAGUUUUCAUUUCACACACGCCAUCAAUGGUUUUCGACGUGCCGUUAACGACGAGAUGCGCAAUCCCAUCAUUCAACACGUCAUGCGUCAAGACCAGAACGGCGUUAUGAUACUGCCACUAAAUUGGAGAAUGGGGCUUUCAUUUGAGGACGGUGGCCCAGCAAACCAUCAAACUGGCGAACAGCAAAUGAACGAACCAUUUGGUUUGAAAGAUAUUGAGCCUAACACUAUUCCUGCAAUUAGAAGCAUCAUCUCUGAUGUUAUGUUUGACAUACCAUUUUAUAUGUCACACCACAAGAGCAAAAUGAUCAAUGCUCUUGUGUUUGAAGCGAACCGAAUAUACCGGCUUUGGUGUCGAAAUAACCCAGGUUUUGCAGACAGAGGAAGAGUUCAUCUUAUUGCGCACUCCCUGGGCAGCGUUAUGUCAGUCGACAUACUUUCUCGACAGCCGACGGAAGUGCCACGCUUGGAUUUGAAUCGAAUUGAGCCGGAAACGCGAUUCUUUGAGUUUGACACAACUAAUCUCUUCCUUCUCGGAAGUCCAGCUGGCUUCUUCUUGCUUCUUGAGCGCGGGGCUUUAACACCAAGGCGCGGACGCCGAAAACCAGGAGCAGAUCCUAGAGAUAUAAUGGAUGAGAACAUCGUAAGUGACGCUGGCAGAUUCGGCUGUCUGGCUGUGGAUAACAUCUACAACAUCUUGGCUAAAGAGGACCCCAUUGCGUACUUGUUAAAUGGGGCAGUAGACCCUGCAUACGCCUCAGCACUUAAACCAGCCUACGUCCCAAGCACAACAACUUCAAUUUUCAAGUCGGUGGGCGACGUCAUGCGACAUAUUGUGCCAGGAUUAUCUUUGCCAACUGAUCCACUAGUCACGCAUCCCGAGAGACCCUCUAUAAUACGGCUUCCUUCCCAACUAGAGUUGGAGGUUCAUGAUUUCACCCGUGAAGAGAUCGCCGAAAAACGGAUGUUUCUACUCAAUGAUAAUGGCCAAAUUGAUUGGUUUUUAAGAUCUGGAGGCGGCCCAUUAGAGAUCCAGUAUCUUAAUAUGCUCAGUGCUCACACAAGUUAUUGGGUUAAUCAAGACUUCGUUCGUAUGUUGUGUCUGGAAAUUGGGCGACGGCCCGGGAAGAAUUUUUCAAUCCCAGUCGUGCGAGCCAUGAAAGGGAUCAAGCGAUUUUCAUUGGAGAGGUGA